CUCAUCCUCGUCGCGCUGUUGAGCGGCGCCGACUACGACACGCAGGGCCUCGAGCGCGUCGGCGUCACGAUCAGCGUCGCGCUCGCCAAGGGCGGCUUCGCGACCGAGCUCCUCGACGGCGUGCGCCGCCUGCGCGACUCGCCCGCGCCCGACGACCUCGAGCACUUCCUCGCCGAGUGGCGCACCUCGGUCGCCGACGAGCUGCGCACCAACAGCCGCGGCCUCAUGUCGCGCCGCGAGAAGAAGCUCGCCGACACGGUCGAGCGCGCGACGGCCUUCCCGUCGCUCAAGAUCGUCGACUUCUACCUCGACCCGCGCGUGUCGGACCCGCGAGCGGCCGACUACACGGCGCCGACCUGGGACCGCCAGCUCGACCUCGGCGCGCUCGCCGACUUUGCGCAGCGCAAGUUCGAGUGGGGCCACGUCGAGCUCGAGAGCAAGCUGCGCAACAAGGUGUGGCUCGGCCUCGCCCUGCGCGAGGCGCGCCGAGCGGCCCUCGCAGCCGACAGCGAGCGCAGCCACGCCUCGCCGUCCCGCCCCGCACCCUCGGGCUCGACGCCUCCCGUCCCGUCCGGCUGGAUCGCGGCCGUGCGCGACCUCAAGGUCGACACGACGACCGGCCUCGUCCCGUCGUACCGCGUCGAGCUUUCGGCCGCCGUCUUUGACGCC